CCGCCGCCAUCUAGUGUUAACGGAAGAACUACAACUGAAUACAAGUGGAAAUUCUGGCGCCAAGGGUCUGAUCGAGAAGCAUUGUUAAAGAGGUCUGGCCGAAUCCAAACACGAAGUUUAAGAAUGAGCAAGGUGGUUGAAAUUCCGGAAACUGGAAUCAACGAUGGCCGGAGUCCGAAAACCUCCAGGGGGAAGAAACUUAUUCAAGGGAGACUCUCCUUCACAUCAAUCGAUAAUAAGACUGCUGUGCCCAAAGUUAAGAAUUGCAAAACAUUUGAAGUCUCAGGUGAAGCUAAAGGGUUAGAUGAGGUUGUAGUAGUCGACAACAACUCACCAUCAGUUGAAACCAUUGAAAUUGAUGACACAUCCAAGUAUCACUCAUUGCAUGAGGAUUCAGAUGAUUCAAAUAGUAUCCCAAAUGUGUCACUGGCUGAGGGUGAGCUGGACAGUGAAUUGGAUACUAGUCAUGUGUCAAAUGAUGAAUUAUGCAAAUCAUCCUCAUCAGCCAACGCUUCUACCCCUAGACAAGCUGAACUGCAAAAAAAAAAGUUGGAAAGGCUCAAAGAGAAGGAGGAAAGAGAAAGAAAAAAGGCUGAGGAGAAAUCAGAAAAAGAACGCCUACGGAAAGAAAGGGAACAAGAAAAAAAGAAAAAGGAAGAAGAGAAGGAAGCAGAAAAAAAGAAAAAAGAGGAAGAAAAAAAAAAAAGGGAAGAAGAAAAGGAAGCAGAUAAAAAGCGCAGGGAGGAAGAAAGAAAAAAAAAGGAAGAAGAAAAAGAAGCUGAAAAGAAAAGGAAAGAAGAAGAAAAAAAACGGAAAGAAGAAGAAAAAGAAAAUGACAAAAAAAAGAAGGAAGACGAAGAACGGCGGAAAAAAGAAAGACUGUCUCAAGUUUUCACAAAUUUUUUCACCCAAAAGAAAACUAUCACAGGAAAAAAUGACACCAGUACCCCGUGUGUCACUUCGUCAACAUUCAGUUUAGCAUUUCCACCUUUCCAGAUCAAAGAAAACAUGAAAUUAGCUCCCACCGUUCGAAGCGAGUUCGAUUCUUCUAGAAGAGAUUUCCUUGACCAAAUAUUAGAAAAGCCAAAACCUACAACAGAAGUAAACCGCCUGCAAUACAAAGGAAAUAGAGGAAGAAACUAUGGUGCUACAUGGCCGCUUAUAAAAGACAGUGAGGUGGAAGUAAUUGAUGAAGACGAAGCAGAAGGAACGAUGAACAAAGAAGACAUCAUAACAGUAGUCCCAGCGCUGCCGCGGAGGAUGCGACCGAAGCUGUUAAAGUUCUGCGAAAACCGCCGUCCCGCCUAUUGGGGAACGUGGGGUAAAACUAGUCAUUUAGUAGGCCCUAGGCGUCCUUUCGGCAAAGAGAACAUAUUCGACUACGACGUCGAUUCUGAUGACGAGUGGGAAGAAGAGGUUGAACCAGGCGAAUCUUUAACCGAUUCGGAAGCAGAAGGUGAAGAAAAAGAACCGGCUGAUGAUUAUGAGGUGGAUAACGAGUUCCUUGUACCUCAUGGAUACUUGAGCGAUGAAGAAGGAGAAAAGGAUGACGACGAACGGCCAAUGUCGCCUUCUGAAGCAAAAGAGAAGCUGAAACUAAAAGAGGAACAAUUCGAACGAGAGUUAAAGCAGAAAACAUGCCACAUUAAACCCAGUUUGAUUGGCUGUUGCUGGACAGAUGACUCGAAUCACGAACCGCAACUUCUAAAAGUUCUGCAGCGCUACGCCACUGUGGUAUUCUCUUCAGCCACCCCUAUUCGACUUAGUUGCAGUGAACUGCUUUGUGAGAAUGGAGAAUCACCGGUUGCUGAUGAGACGGCUCGAAGUGAGAAUAAAGCAUCCAAGCGGCUUGUCAGCGAAAAUGACAUUCCAGCCCUUGUACGCCUACUUCAUGGGAGUUCUUACAGUAAGCUGACGAUAGUUAAAGAGUUUCAGUCCUAUCUGGAGCGAAAUCGUACAGACGAAAAUAAAAAUGCUCCAUCUAAGGCACAGAUCUUGGCCAAAAUCGCCGAAAUUGCUUCAUGGACAAAAUGCACAGAAACGGGAACAAUGAAUGGUAGAACGUGCUGGCUGGUUCAGCCUGAUGUGCUUGAUCAUUACGAUCUCAAAGAGCUGUCUGUCAUCAACGCUUGGGAAUUCGCCACGGAGACCAAAAAGCGGGGGCGUAAAGCUGAUGACUCUAGGACCGAAGAAGAUACCCCGCCAGCAAAAACCCCACGCGUUUCCCUCAUUAAGCAAUUUGCGCAGCCAAAUAAUUUUUCGUUAACCAAGAGGGUUACAACGUCGUCUGAGAAGGAUCUCCCUGAAUUAGGCAAAGACACUAACGAGUCCGGCAAUAAGUCAUCAAUAGUGUCGACCCCCAAAACCAAAAAAAGAAUCACGUUAAUUAGUAUCCCAACGUCUGGUACCAAGAAACCCAAGACUGAAUCAAAAAGUACCCCCCUAACUAAUUUCCUAAAGAAGAUGAGCACAAAGGAAGCGUUAUCCAAAUCGUCGAAUGCAGUUGAAGAUACAGAGAUGGAUGAGAUUGAGUGUUUGACGAUGGAAUGAUUUGAAUUUUGUUGGUGUCAAUUUUGCAUUGAAAUAUGGUUUUAUUUCCCGUAAAUUCGAUAAGUUCAAGAUUGUGCGGCUGUUUUCCCCCACCCAAACUGAUGGAUACACCGAAGCUUUCAUAAUGCGA